UACCAUCCUCCUAUCCUAUCCACCUUGUCAAAACAAACUCAACACACACACUAAAGCUCAUAUGAUGCACACAGUUAGUUCUCUGAUUCCCAUUUACGUGGGGUUUCUUGUUUGGGCUACCUCCACCACCCUUAUUGCCUCUCAGACCAUUGUCAAAUCUUUACCAGGCUAUCCUGGUCCCCUUCCUUUCAAACUAGAAACUGGGUACAUCGGAGUAGGAGAAGAUGAAGCUGUACAACUGUUUUACUAUUUUGUGGAAUCAGAAGGGAACCCAGAUGAAGAUCCACUCAUUAUUUGGCUUGCCGGAGGACCUGGUUGUGGCACUCUUCGUGCCUUCUUUUAUGAAAUCGGUCCGAUGCAGAUUCGGUAUGGGAAUUAUAUGGAUAACGUCCCAGCUUUACAAUUGGACCCUAAUUCUUGGACGAAGGUGGCAAAUGUGAUAUAUUUGGAUGCACCUACGUUAACCGGAUAUUCAUACACAAAAAAUUCCGAAGCCAUUGUUUCUAGCGAUACAUCAUCAGCAGAACAAACUGCAGAAUUUCUAAGAAAGUUUGUUAAAAACCAUCCAAGGUUUUUAAAGAAUCCUAUGUAUGUUACUGGAAUUUCGUAUUCGGGGAUUAUUAUUCCGAUCAUUACCGAGGAAUUGUAUAAAGGUAAUGAAGAAGGACUAGAGCCAAUUGUAAACAUCCAAGGAUACAUGGGGGGAAAUCCACUGACGGAUAAAACUGGUGAUAUAAACUCUAGGUUUGAAUAUGCUUAUCGUGUGGCACUCAUAUCUCGAGAAUUGUACGAGGAAACACAAAACGAUUGUCAAGGAGAUUAUGCAGAAGCCAAUUCAAACAAAUUGCUAUGCAUGUCACGUAUUGAUGAAGUUAACAAACGUGUUGGACACAUCAACAUUCAACAAAUUCUGGAUCCAGAUUGCGAUCCAGCGACCAAUUUGGUUAGAAGUGGUAAUCCGAUUAUAAGCGGAAAUCGAAAAUCUCUACGGGCAACCAAUCCAAUUAAAAUGCUUCCAGCACUAUCUUUGCACAAGGAUACUUUUUGUCGAGAUGACUAUUAUAACUAUGCAACACUCUGGGCCAACGAUGAAAACGUUAUGGAAGCACUUAACGUACGCAAGGUAUAUAUACUAACCAACAAUCAAAUGAGGAGAAACAGAAUGUUGU